AAUGGAGCCUAAAAGAAUACCAUAUACCAGUGCCUAAAUAACACACGCCUGGGUGGAUGGAAAAUAGCACGUGAUGCGCCAAAGAAAACAUGGCUAAAGCAGGUUGCCCUGGACCUUCAACCACUGCACUUCCAUCUUGAUGAUGCCAAGCAAGCUGCUCUGAACGGAGGAUCCCAGCAAAUUUCCUGCUUUGGGGCAGAGGUGUAGCAUGCAGCCAUGGUGGCCGGAACAUGUGUAUACUAACCACGCCUCCCCAAUUGUGUCAGGAGCUGAUUGGUGCCAUGGUCUAUGAGCAUGGCACUUGGGAAGAUUGAGGACAGUGUGGUAGAAAGAAUUGCAGACCCUCAAAUGCCAUACGAUGCUACAGAGGCGCAUGUACAAUGUCAGGCUUAGUGAUCUACAUCUAUCGGGCAUCUGACGAGCUUCUCUCUUCUGGUAUCGCUAACGGGCCUUUUACCAUGAGCCAUUCCACUCCAACUACAGCUAAUGGGAACGAUAGCAAAAACUUUAAAGGAGAUCGUUCUCCCUGUUCCCCAUCACGAGUUAUUCACAUUCGCAAGAUUCCAAAUGAUGUCACAGAGUCUGAAGUCAUUUCACUAGGUCUGCCUUUUGGAAAAGUUACCAAUAUUUUGAUGUUGAAAGGAAAAAGCCAGGCCUUCUUGGAAAUGGCUUCUGAAGAAGCAGCUGUCACCAUGGUGAAUUACUACACACCUCUCACUCCUCAUCUCCGCAGUCAGCCUGUCUACAUACAGUAUUCGAAUCACCGAGAACUGAAGACGGACAACCUACCUAAUCAAUCGCGAGCACAGGCUGCUUUGCAAGCUGUGAACUCUGUACAGUCCGGAGGUCUGACUCUCACCGGUGGUCCAGGUGGUGAAGGUUUGGUGCUGACAGGGCAGAGUCCUGUCCUCAGACUAAUUGUGGAAAACCUGUUUUACCCUGUCACUCUGGAAGUGCUCCAUCAGAUAUUCUCCAAGUUUGGAACGGUAUUGAAGAUCAUCACAUUCACAAAGAAUAACCAGUUCCAGGCUCUGCUACAGUAUGCUGAUACAAUGAACGCACAUCAUGCCAAAGUGGCUCUAGAUGGGCAAAAUAUUUACAAUGCGUGCUGCACUCUACGCAUUGAAUUCUCCAAGUUGACAAGCCUUAAUGUCAAGUAUAACAAUGACAAGAGUCGAGAUUUCACACGACUUGACCUGCCUACUGGAGAUGGACAGCCGUCCCUUGAUGCCACAAUGGCAGCAGCUUUUGGUGCUCCAGGUAUAAUUUCCUCUCCUUAUGCAGGUGCUGCAGGAUUUGCCCCAGCCAUUGGCUUCCCUCAGGCAGGACUUUCAGUCUCAGGUGUACCAGGAGCUCUUGGACCUCUUGCCCUCACUUCUGCCAUGACUGGACGUAUGGCAAUCCCCGGCAUGACUACUAUUCCUGGACACUCUGUUUUGUUAGUCAGCAAUCUAAACCCUGAUGUUAUCUUACCACAUGGGCUCUUCAUCUUGUUUGGAGUCUAUGGGGAUGUCCACCGUGUGAAGAUACUAUUUAAUAAAAAAGAAAAUGCAUUGGUGCAGAUGGCAGAUGCAACCCAAGCACAGCUGGCUAUGAGCCAUUUAAAUGGACAGAGGCUUCACGGAAGGGUUCUGCGGAUCACCCUCUCAAAGCACCAGUCUGUUCAGCUUCCUCGUGAAGGACAUGAAGACCAAGGCCUGACCAAGGAUUACACUAACAGCCCACUGCAUCGCUUCAAGAAACCAGGCUCAAAGAACUUCCAGAAUAUCUUUCCUCCAUCAGCAACUCUGCAUUUGUCUAACAUACCACCUUCAGUCUCUGAUGAAGAUCUAAAGAGAUUAUUUGCAAGCACUGGCUGUACAGUAAAGGCCUUUAAAUUCUUCCAGAAAGAUCGAAAGAUGGCUUUAAUUCAGCUUGGUUCAUUGGAGGAAGCUAUCCUGGCUCUAAUAGAUCUACACAACCAUGAUUUGGGGGACAACCACCAUCUGAGAGUCUCUUUUUCCAAGUCAAUGAUCUGAGUUCUUUUACUCUUUCACGUUCCCUCCCUCUUCACUCUUCCCUUGUUAAAACUGGACCUCUGUUUUGGCAAAAAUCCUUAGACAGAGACUGAAAAUGCCAAGACCAACUCCGCCUCGUUUAUAACAUUGCACCUACAAAUGGAAUGUCAUAUCCCUGCUCAUUCAAAAACAUGCAAAAUGCGGAAUGCGGAAUUACCAAGGCAUAAAACAAUCUGUUUCAUGGCAGUAAAACCUGCUAAUGCUGUGUUUUAUGGCUGCCUCCCCCCCCUCUCCCUAAAAAAAAAAAAUUGUUUUAUAAUUACUCAUAUAUGGUGUUCGUUUUCUUUUUGUUCCAAAUCAAUGUUAUAUAAUAUUUUACGGACAAUCAUCUAGGUUAUGAAAUUGCUUUAGAGUACAUCUAUGAUAAGUAUAAAAUAUUUGUAGCUUUAAAAUGUUUAAAUUUAAGAGAGAUCUUUAAAAAAAAAAAUUAUAUAUAUAUAAAUAUAUAUAAUUUUUUUUUAGGGAGGGGGGGGAGGCAGCACACAUAUAUACAUUUGGUUUUCUUAUUUUAUUACUGGUAAUAAAAAUUUGGACAGCGGAGCACAUUUAUCUAAAAUGUAUCUAAUUUCAUUUGGACAAUUAUUUUGCCCAUUCUUAGACAAAAGAAAAAAAAAAUCAAGAUUCUGUGUGGAAGACUCCCAAUGUUUUCUUUUGUUUUUUGUUUUGUCUCUCAGCAACCUUUAUUAUUAACCGUUGACUUUUUGUGUAUUACACAUUUUUUACUUUUUCAUAAUGGAUGUACAGUAUAAUGCUGUAGAAUGAAUACACUUAUCUAGUAUGCAAAUUAAACAUAAAUAAGAAGACAGAAUUCUGAAACAAAAAGCUUAUUUGCUGAUUGAAAUGUUUUCUUUAACAGUGAUUUUGGAACAAAAUGAAAAGGUUCACAAUCAUGAACUGUUCUUUUCUGACAAGAAAGUUUACAAUCUUAAAAUUAUUAUUCAGGUCUCAUUUGGUUUAGCAGAUUUUUAAGAAAUUAUUUUUGGUAAUGUGUUUAAAAAGAAGACUUAAACCUCAAGGGUUUUUUGUACCACUAUUAUAACUAAAAUCCUUUAGUUACUAAAUUACUGUGUACUUAAUUUACUUAUGUGCCUUAUUAUGUGCUUAUAAUGAAAACAAUAGCCUAGAUUUUUCUUUGAUGUAUUUUUUGAACAUUGUAUUGUGUGUGGGCUUGGUUGAGCUUUUUUUCUGUCAUUUUCCUAGUUUUCAGUGAUUUUUAUCUGUUUUAUCUGUGUUUUAUGUUGACCAAAAAGCAUAAAACUGUUGCAAUUCCUUUUGCUGUAGAAAGCAUGCAUACAAGUUUUUCAUGAGGCUGUCUGGAUACUGUAUGUUAUAAAUACAUAGUUGUGUACCAGAUUCUUUGAAAAAGCUCUAAAAUCACACUAGAGUUUUUCUUUGGUGUAAAGCACCCAGAGAGUCAGUCCCAUGGGCUGCAAGUUGGACAGUACUAUUUUAGAGCCACGUUUUUGAAUAUUACACUCGCAUUUGGUUGUUGAAAUCGGUCACUGAAUUUCAGUGAGUGUAGUGUCUCUGGCUGUCUCAUUUUUGUCCUGUGUAGAACUUGUGUAUACGUAAAGAGGCUUUUAGGGCAAAAGUGACAGAUGUUGUGCACACAAUAGAAAUAACAAAAAAGACAUGUGUUUUCAAGAAUUUAAUUAGAAUUUAGCCAGGAUCAGAGGCGUCACUAGGGGGGCAGACUGCACCAGAUUGGCACCCUUUGAGGGGGUGGCACCAAGAUGCCGGCUACUCCUCAGGUACUGCGAACAGGGUACUGCACUGUUACAUUAUUGUGCAGCACCUGGCACCUGUUGCUUAGGAAGAGCCAGCAGUCGAGUGUCUGCAGGAAUGCUUGGCAUGCUCCCGGAGUGAGGGAGGCGGGGGCCUGCCACAAGGCCACAGACCCCAGUGAUACUCCUGGCCAUGAUGCCUGGAUAUAAAAGUUUGCAUGCAUACAUGUAUGUCAUUAAAAAAAAAAACAAGACAAAAAAACACAAACCACACACUGCCUACAAAUCUGCAAUCAAGUACAAAUGUGUGGUGUGUUUUUUUGUUUUUUUUUAAAUGCAUAAUUAAUCAGGUUUUGAAGUAUGGAAGCUAGUUGUAAAAUACUCGUGAUUGUGCCCAUACAAUAUAAAACCUAUAUUGAUACCGUAAUGCUUCAUUUUGGUUAGCUGAUGUUCAUGUACAAAUGGCAAAUCAAUGUAUUACCAUCUUAAGUGAUCUGUUGUGAUUAAUGAUUAAAGGCUGGUAACCACUAGCCAAAUUUCUAUCUUCCUAACAGUCUGCAAACUGUUGCCGCACUCAGAAUAUCUCAGGAUAUCUUGAAUCUUUUUUUUUUUUUUUUUAUAAUAUGCAUUUGAAAAUGCAAAAAUUAAAAAAUUACAUAUCCUCAAGAAUGUCUUUAACCGGCACUGAAUGUCAGCUGCUGCUGUUGACAAAAAGAUGCAGCGGUAAAGAUAUGUAAUAUAGAUGAGCUGUGAGUCUAGGUCUUAGCUGGUCUAAGUACAUUGUGUGGUAUUAAUCAGAGUCUCAUCCCCCUUCCCAAUGUUUAAAGAAAAAAUAUAUAUUUAUAUAUAAUCAUUCCAAUUAAUUAUUUCCUGUAUGAAUAGUGUUCUGGAGGAAACAAACAUGUUCUACAUAGCUUCAAUAUUGUAUAAGAAUAACGAGCAGUGUUUUCAUAAACAACUUACAUAUAAUUUGAAGUACCUCCUGAAGUCCGUUUUAACAUACAGUAUAUGUCUAUAUAGAAUACUUAAGCCUGUAUUAAUAUAAAUCCCUACUCAGGUCAUUUUAAUGAGCAAAAAUAAAUUGUCAUCCCUUUUCCUCUGAGUGUUGGCAUAUCAAAAGUAACCAACUGCUGAAUUGUAAGCUGUAAUUGACCAAUAAAGCUGCAUAACGUUUCUUGUUCUGUAAAAUACAAUGACAUUAAUAUACUGGGUGCAUCUGCCUUCACUAGUAGUGACGUUUGGGACUGUAAUAGGGCACAUUUAGAAUACUGCAAUAAAACAGUGCCUCUAAUGCUGGAAUACUUGGUUUUCCCUUUCACAUCUAUAGGCAAUAAGAUAAUUGGUACCCUAGAACAUCUGCCAGUACCACUAAGUAAAUAUAGAGGCAUGUCUGUCUGGUUAAUUAUUGCCUCUGUUCACUGAUAAAUGACUUGACCAUUAUUAUAAUUUGCAUUAUAUGUUUAUUAUGGUGACAAGCAAUCAUUGGAAGUUGAUGAUUUAUAUGCUCUAUGUAUAUUAGACCCUUUUCUCUUCAAUAUUUUAAUUUAAUGUUUGCAAAAUGUAACUUGGGCCAUUAAGUGCCCUUCUUCAAUCAUAAGCUAGAAUUGUCAAAGCUUAUAGUCUUCCUCAUGGAAAUGUUCUAUCAUGAGAUAGCUACCAUUUAAAUUCACUUUCUAAAAAGUUGCGUUUUUAUUUUAGUUGGUUGAAGUUGCGGCAUACAUUUUCGUCCGUCUGAUAUCCACUUUUCAGAGGAAGUUAUUAUAAGAGAGCUGGUUAGUAGUGUUAUACACUCGCCCUACCAAUGCUGUUGUAGAUGUAGGCUGAGAUGCUGCACACAUUCUUCAAUUCAUUUGCACAUGUGUCUAUGUAACUACAGUAUCUUUCAAAUUCAUUACUGGUGGCCUUCUAUGUACCAUUUGCUAUUAUCGGUCUGGCCUAGCAGAGUGCCUUGGCCCAGAGCUCUGAAUGUAUACUUUGUUUCCUAUGAACCCAGUGGAUUUUGUUGAAAUGGUGAAGGAGGCAACUGUAGUUCUAUACUAAGUAAAUAGUAUUUGCAGUGGUAUAGUGGCAGGAUUAAUUAUGUUGCUGUAAACAUGUUGGCUUUUGUAGAAAGCCAACUGAAAAUUGAACAACGCCACCAUGGGAAAAUAUUACUGCCCAUCUCUUACCAGUUACUUUGCAUCUGCCUACCAAAAAAAUGUUGCUGCAUGAAUUAGUCUUCGAGGCAAAGACUGCUUGUAAUGUAUUGCAUGAUGUAAGAUGUAGAAAACUAAUUCCGUGACUUAGUGUUGUAUGAUGCCUUCAACCUUUUCUGCUUUGUACCAUUUUGAGUUAGAGUUCAAUAGAUUGAAGGGUUGCUGUGGGGACAAAGCAGGUAAUCCCUCAACUGGUUAGAGUUUUAUCUUAUUUAUGUUAGGUGGUUUGUGUGUGUGUGUGUGUGUGUGUGUAUAUAUUUAUAUAUCCUAGAUAUUUGAUUUGAUGUUGGAGUAGUGUGCAAAAAUAGUUGUGUGUUUUUGUUCCUUAAGAUAUAGAGUUUAUUCCCCCCCCCCCUCCCCCAUUCCCUUGAUAUGUGGUCAUUGUCAUCGUAUUCUGAGAAAUCUGUUUCUUUUACCAAAUGUGAAAGACUUUUAUUACUAUUUAGCAUGGAUAAGGACUUUUUUAAUACUCUUCUGUGUUUGUUUGUUUUUUCAGAGAGACCAAACACAUUUUUAUUGGCCCACUAAAUGAUGUCAUAUUUAAUGGCAUUCCAUACACUUUGUUUGACUUUCACGAAAAUGUUUAGGCAAAACUUUACUUGCAGUUGUCCCUAAUGUAUAAUAUAUGGAAACUUUUGCCCUUCUGACCACAUUUAAUAUUAACAUUUAUAUUAUGGCACAUUCUAUAUUUGUUGUGGUCAUUUUAACUCUAUUGGCAUUUUCAUUUUAGUCAGUCUUAUGGUCUGACCAGCUGUUCUACAUAUUUUCUGCAUGGGUUACAUUUCCCUUCACAAAUCCAAAGCUGAGAGUAUACCAAGAGAACCUUUUAAACAGGAAAUUUUAGUUCUGGAUUUUUCCUUUUGGAUUACAUUGACUAGAUAACAACUUUAAGCUUAAAAUUUAUUAGAAAUACAAGUUUCUUCAGCCUUUCAACCAAUUUAAAUAUUGCUUGUGUGCAUAGCACUAAAGAGCAUUCAAAUUGUAUUGCCGUAUACAUACUGUGUAAGGAAAAAAUACCAUUUACUACAAACCUAAAGCAACAGGUGUCUUUCUAUUCCAGCCAGAAAUUCUGUGGCAGGGGCCAUCUUUGAUUCUAAAGUUAUGUGGGUAUAUGUGGUUCUCCAGUCACUUGUGGUACAGUAUGUUGCCAUUUGCUGCACUCUGGAAGGUGGGCGCUCCUCAAUUGCUUUUAACUGAGGCCUACACUCUCAGGAAUCGUCGUACGGACUACAAUUGUAGGAUGGACAACACAGAUGAGUGUCAAGAAUGUCUGUUCCAUGCUUAUAGUGGACUAUUUAUCACAAUUUUGAGGAGUGUUCACUUCUAGCUAUAUCUAGCACAGAAAAAUAUACCAAAGGCAAAUGUGCAACUGCUUAUGAGUGCAAAUAUUUAGAUUAAAUAUAAAGUGCCCUCAUUUGCAUACAAAGGAGCUGGUUCAGAUAUGGACGCAGUACACACAGCAGUCAUGUCUUUGGAUGCAGCUGCUGUGUGCAAAUGUACUAAUGCUGUAGGAGGAGUCUUGUGUAAAUAGAUGUCUCCUGCAGGCUCCUUGGUCUGCUGCUUUGCCUGAGGGCGCAGUAUCAGAUUAUCUGCAAAAACAUCAGCCAUCUAAAUAACCCUCAGGUUACUGAGAUGGCCUACUGCAUUGGAAGACACAGACCCUGGCCUCAGCGCUCCCAGAGAAUGGAUCAAUACGCCCCUGUUUUCAAGACCACUGUCCAGCGCUACCCCUACCCGCAUCCAAACAAACAGGCUGCAGCUUAGGGUGCACUGUGUACGAUGAUGUAGGACCCUUCCUGCACACGCCAAGAUUGGGACUCCGUAUGCACAGUCCUUCUGCUAUCAGAGUUGUACACAAACCAUCGGUUAUGUGUACAAUUCUGAAACAAGCCCAUUGUCGGUGGAAAAAUAGAGGAUACAAAUAGUGAAUAACAAAAAACUAAGCAUUUAGGGGUCUAUUUACUAAGCCUUGGAUGGCGAUAAAGUCAAUGGAGAGAAAGUCCCAGCCAGUCAAUCUGCUCCUAACUGCCAUGUCACAGGCUGGGUUUGAAAAAUGUCAGCAGCUGAUUGGCUGGGACUUUAUCUCCAUCCACUUUAUCUCCGUCCAAGUCUUCGUAAAUAGAGCCCUAAAUUACAUGAAGUAGUGAUGUGUUUUAGAAUUCUAAGGUGCACUGUAACCGCUUCCCUUCAGUUACUGAAAAUAACUGCUUUUCCUAGUUGUCAUUUACAGUGCUCUCCUCACUUAGUUAAAUUCUUUGCUAGGAAGUAUAAUGAAUACGGAGUUCAAAGUGCAUUGGAAAUCUGCACAGAAUUUUGGACUAUUAGCAACAAAUCCUUUCAGAUAUGUUAGGUCUGUGAAGUUAUAGCAAGGAUUUACACGUACUGUACAUGGGAACAGUGCUGCUGACCAUGACUUGCCUGACUCUUCCUUUCAGAACUAAAAUUAAUCUAUUUUUAUUUUCUAUUACUAUAACAAUGAGGCAAUAACUAAUGUAACUCAUUCCUCGUUAUCGCUUAUCAACUAUUUAAUGUCUAAUGAUUGUAUAGUGCCCAACACUGGAUAUUUAGCUUCUAGCAGAAACCCUGCAAUCCGCUUCCCAAAAAGAGCUCAUGUAAAUUCAGGGAUUGGCUGCUGCUUACGGAAUACACAACCUGCACCCAUUAUUUUGUGGUUGAAUCACAUCUUGUUUUUUAUAUCCACCAUGAUUUGGUAGCUUUUACACACUUGAAAUGUGGAUGUUCUAAUUAAAAGCAUUUCUGAAAGCUAUGGUUGAGUACUUGGCUCCACAAGAUAUUUAUUCAGAUAAUAUACAAUAAAUAUGUAAUCAGUUGAUAGUGGCUUUGCAUGCCGUUUCCAAGCUGUCGCAUGUGAUACAGUUCAGUGCUAUAUGGCACACAUGCUUUCCUACUCCCCAGGUAUUGCUUAUUUUUAGGUUUUUUAGAGAUUGGACCGGUAUUGGUAUUCCUGUCUGUAGGAUCAUAAAUGCCUGAGAUUAUUCACUCCUGUAAUGUUGUAUUUUUUAUUUUUGGGGCUUCAAACAAGGUGGCUAAAAACUAAAAGGACCAAAGUUUACGUGCCUUCAACUUUACACAUUUUCUUCAUUGUCUUUAUUUGAAUAUACAUUAAAAAUAAAUUUGCCACUUCACCCUACUUUGUGUUUUACUGGAUGUGCACAUAACCAACUAUGGGACUGCAUAGUUAUUAGCUAAAAAAUUACUGGUACAUGUGUCAGGCUUCCUUGCAUUUACGAAAAAUAUGCCCCGCUACACCCUAUAAAAAUGUACAUGAAGUUGUAUCCUAGUUUCUUAACAGUCGAGUUUGUACUACACUUUUUUUGUAUGGAAGGAAAAGGUUGCAAAACCGUAUUUUCCUGACAAUGCAGUGUUUUGUGUUAAUCAUGUGUAUAAUGAAAUGUACACUUUUUAAAAACCAUAAUCUCCCAUUUGUGUGUAAGCAUUGCACAUUGUGUUUUUAAGCCCACAGUAGCACAAAUUGCAAGAUCCAACAGAAUGCUUUCCUGUACUGUAUCUAGAAUGUCACCUCAUUGCUCUGACCAAAGAUGUCUGUCCUGGUAUUACUGAGACAUUCACUGGUUGUGUACAUUUUUUAUAUGUAUGUCAUUCAGAAAUAAAAGUGGCCUUUUUAACUCUGGUCGUUUUUUUUUCACUCUCUCCUCUUGACCAGAUAAUGUCCGUUUUGUGAAACAAAUGUAACACCAUAGUGAAAUGGUUGAUGGACAACUCCAAUACUGUAUUUUAAAGCAAGGUUAUUGGGCCAAUGGCAUAAUUUGAAAAUUGUUAUUUUUUUGGAUCAAGCACCAUUACCUAGAAUGUUCAUUUGACAUAAGAAAAUGCUGUAAAUAUUUGUAACAAUUUUAUUUAUUUUACAUUUUUUUUUAAAUCUAGGCAAAAAAAGUGGUUUUUGGGAACAAUUUAAAAUAUAUAGUGCUUUUAUAUGAAAAACAAAUCACUUGUCUUGUAUAUUUUGAUAAGCAACAGUACCAGCUUUACUUGUGACAAUGCAGAGGGUGGGAAGCAAAAGAUUCAAUGUAUGUUAUGAUGGCCUAUUACAUGAAAGUGAAGAUGAAUAUUAAAGAAAACAUUUUCUACCUGUGUAGUGCAUGGUUAAUUCACAUUUAUGUAUUCUAUAUUCCUUUUUAAGUUUGUGUAUUUACUGAAUACUACUCGAAUAUCUACACUUACUCUUUUCUUCUAGGUGUUUGUAGCAUGCCUUUUAAUAAAUGUCAUUACAUCUAUACUCUCAAAUA